AAAGUCACUCCCUUCUUCAGUUCUCAGCCCCGAUCGCCAUUGCCGUCAAUCCUCUGCCAUUCGCCGGCCGGCCACCGGCCACCUCCCGCCUCCGAUCAUCUCCAUCCUUUCUCCAUCCAGUCCUUCAUCCCUCAUUCCCAUUCCUUUGCUUGGAAGUGAAGCAGGGCAUCGAGAACCGCAGCCAUGAAUGCCCCCGAUCGCUACGAGCGCUUCGUCGUCCCCGAGGGCACCAAGAAGGUUUCCUAUGAGAGAGACACGAAGAUCGUCAAUGCCGGCUCUUUCACCGUUGAACGCGAGGACCACACCAUUGGCAACAUCCUUCGCAUGCAGUUGCACAGGGAUCCGAAUGUGCUCUUCGCCGGGUACAAGCUGCCGCAUCCUCUUCAGUACAAGAUCCUAGUCCGGAUUCACACUACAAACCAGUCAUCCCCGAGCCAGGCGUAUAACCAGGCGAUCAGUGAUCUUGAUAAGGAGCUUGAGCACUUGAAGAAAGUAUUUGAGGAAGAAAAGAGCAGAUACGAAGUCAAACCGAGAGAUUACUAACCAGACGCUACUUGUGCAGUCCCUUGUUGUCAUGUCUAAAACUGGUUCUGUGCAUUUUACUUCAUAAGAUUAGCCAUACAAUCAACGACUUUUUAUUUGGGAUAAUAUGAAGUUUUUGUGCACUCUAAUUUGAUGUGAAGCUUUGUUUUACUCA